UAAUGUUGAAGUUGAAGCUAUUCCCAGCACCGUUGAGCACAUAGGGACAGCCAUUCCUGGAUGAGAUGUCAGACCAUUGUGGGACACUUGUUUACACCCACUGAGCAAAUCAUAAGAAACUAAACUGUCUGGAGAAAACUCACAUAGAGACGGGGAGAACUCCAGAGAGAUAUCGUCCAGGCUGGGAACUGAUCCCAGGUCUUGGAGCUGUGAGGGGGGAUGUGGUACAUUUAGUGCAAUACUACCACUCCUAAAGAGGAACUUCAUGGCACCUCCCCUACUGUGAGACCCCAAGCUAUCAGAAUUCAUCCUAAACUGACAGAACACCGAGAAUGAAAUGUCUUAACAGAACCAGAAAUCCAAAUCACUAUAAACUUCCCAAUUAAAAUGUUGAAAUGUUUCUACUAUUACACAAAAGUUUUCUGUUUCCUAUUUGGCAAAGUAUAAAUCCAUUAAUCUGUUAUGUAUUUAUAUGUUGCAGGACAGAUCAGCAUAACAGAUCUUCAAUUGAUGUUUACCUCUGCCUAAAACCCGAGUGUACUCAUUUGCUCAAAAAGUGGCCGAAAAUGGACUAACAGGCUUCCCGAGGUGGCUGUCAUGUGUUAACAAGCAGUAGAGAUUGAUUUUGAAUUAAAUUUAUUAUAGAUCUUCAAUUUGCCCUCCUGUUGGCUUUGGCUGAAGUUCACCGCACUGCCGCUCUCACUUUGCCCUGUCCUCGGUUUUGGAGAGUUAACAAAUUUCAGGUGAAAACCCACUCCUGAAACGGAAGAGAUCGGACCGGAAAGAGCAGUUAGGACAUGUUGGUGACCUGAUAUGCUUCCAUGGCCUAUGGGAAUUACAUCCACCGGUGCCCAUCCCAUUUUGCUGGAAGAUUAGUCAAUAAAAAUGUUAGAAUAAAGAUGGGUGACUGGAACUUCCUUGGAGGAAUCUUGGAAGAAGUGCAUAUUCACUCCACCAUUGUUGGAAAGAUCUGGCUGACAAUUCUCUUUAUUUUCCGUAUGCUGGUCCUUGGGGUUGCAGCGGAAGACGUGUGGAAUGAUGAACAAUCAGACUUCAUUUGUAACACUAAACAGCCAGGCUGUAGAAAUGUCUGCUAUGACAGGGCUUUCCCCAUCUCUCUCAUACGCUAUUGGGUCUUGCAAGUUAUCUUUGUGUCUUCACCCUCUUUGGUAUACAUGGGUCAUGCUUUAUACAGACUGAGAGCUUUAGAAAAAGAAAGGCAAAGGAAAAAGACCCACCUCAGAAAAGAGCUUGAUUCAAUGGAUGCAGACUGCUCCGAAGUUCGAAGGAGGCUAGAGAGAGAACUUAGGCAUCUAGAACAAAGAAAGCUGAACAAGGCACCACUCAGAGGAUCACUUCUACGAACAUACGUAAUACACAUUGUUACAAGAUCUGCAGUUGAAGUAGGGUUCAUGGUGGGCCAGUACCUGCUCUAUGGGUUCAACCUAGAGCCAUUGUUCAAAUGCGAAAAAGAUCCAUGUCCAAACCUAGUUGAUUGCUUUGUGUCACGGCCAAUGGAGAAGACUGUUUUUAUGGUUUUUAUGCAGUGCAUAGCAGCAGUUUCUUUGUUUCUUAAUAUUCUGGAAAUUAUCCAUUUAGGUUAUAAGAAAUUUAAAAAUGGACUACUUGAUUAUUAUUCAAAUCUUAAAGAUGACUUAGAUGAUUAUUAUAUGAGCAAAUCUAAGAAGAACUCUGUGGUACAUCAAGCAUGUACUGUUUCAUCAUUGACUCGUAAAUCUACCAUUCCUACUGCGCCAAGUGGCUAUACCUUACUGACAGAGAAGCCCAGUGAGGUUUCCGUUUACCCAGUGCAAAAUCCACUCUCAGCCUUCAUGCCAUUUCAAUGUAAUCCAUGUACAGAAGGUAGUAAAGAGUUCAUCAAUCAUAACCUUAGUGACUACAAUGCCUCCAAAGGGACCGAGGGACUCGGACUUCCUGGGACUGAUACAACCACUGUACACACUACACAGAAGAUUGAGGAUCAGAGGCAAGAUGAAACCAAAAAGUUUCCAGAUGAACAUGCAGGCUCUGUACAACACUCCUCACAGCAACCAGAGACAUCAUCCUGUCAUGUGCCACGUAGUGGGGCAGGUCGGAAGCCACGCAGGGUCAGUGCACCAUGGAACUGCUCCACAGUGGUGGAAAGUAACGGAUCAAAUGGGGACACAAGUGUAAGCAGUUACAAAGGUAGAUGUACUUACAGUUCUCUCAAUGUUCAGGCAGUUUCAAAGUCCGUCCUAAAACAGUCAAACCGUCCACAGACUCCAGACUCAUUUGGCGAGUCAAGUUCGGAAUCAAAGCACAGUCGAAACAGCAAUAGCCCUCGUGCAUCAUCUCCAACCAGAAGAAUUUCUUUGGCAAGUAGUAGCAACAGCAGCAGGCAUGCUCCUGGUGACCUUCAAAUUUAAAUAUUCUCUGGACUAACUGAAAUAAGUGUACUCCUAUUAUUAUUCAGGAGUAAUCAAAUGCAAAAAUGGAUAGGCCUUCUUAAAAUGGCAUCAAUGCAAUGCUUUCAGUAGAGGCUGCAUAAAUCUAAUGUAGUGAAACCAGAUAUCCCAAAACACAGAUAUGGUUCUAUUGUUAUUUACUACUGUGACAUUCACUUAAUACUUAUAUAUCAAUUUAUAUGUUAAAGCCUUGAAAAACUGUUUGUCAGAUGGUAACAAACAUUUAAUUAUAUAUUUAACAGUUGAAGGGGAAAGCGACAAAACCGAACCUCGGUCUUAAAUCAGAUUGUUUGGUCAGUCGUCUUACAAAACUGUGCAA